AUGUCUUAAAUAGAGUAAAACAUCUUUGACAAAGUUGGCUUUAAAGUAUCACCAGAGUAAUUUGAAUCUCUCAUUCUUGAUGAUCAGGAACUAUACGAUAUCAGUCUUGAGGACAAAGCCUAUCUGGAAAGUUUUAAAUGCUGCACUUAUCUAUCUCUGGCUAAUUGCAAACUGAGAUUGCUAGCUAACCUGCCUAACUUGCCUAACCUAGUGAGACUAGACUUGUCAAGUAACUAGAUCGUGGCCAAGGAGUUAAUUCACAUCGCGAAUAACUAUCUCAAAUUAGAAACAUUGAAGCUCGGGAAUAAUAUGAUAAAACCUGAAUGGGAGAGUCUGAAGAUGCCUCUGACUAAACUUGGCGAGACUCUGAUAAGUUUGGACUUGAGUGCUAACCUCAUAGGAGAGAUAUAGAAUAACUACUAUAGAGAAUAGAUAUUUGAGUUGCUGCCUGUGCUUGAAGUACUUGAUGGCUAUGAUAAAGAUAAUAAAGAGGUUUAUAGUGAUAAUGAUGAGGAUGAUGAGUAUAGAGAUGUGAAUUAGAAAAAGAAAGGCAAUCUCAGAAAUGCAUAGAGAGGUCACCACAUUACAACAAAUGACGAUAAUGAGGAGAGCAAAGGUGAAGCUGAGGAUAAUGAGGAAGAGGAUGAAGAAUACGAUGAAGAGGAUGACGACGAGCCAGAAGAGGUAGAAGAUUAAGAAGAAGUAGAGGGUUAUUAUGAAGAGGAAGAAGACCCAGCUGUUCAGAAUUAGGAGGGUAGAUUAGAGGGAGAUGAGGAUGAGGAAGAUGAUGAUAGCGGAGAUGUAUUGUCAUUUGACAACAUCAAUGGGAGAAAAGCUUCAUACUUCUGA